AUAUAUCUCUCUCUCACUCUCACACUACUCAAUUCACAAUGGCUUCUCUAACACCGGGAAUAGUCCUGAAACUCUUGCAAGCCAUGAACACAGACACACGUGUCACCGGCGACCACCGUUCACCUCUUCUACAACUCAUCGGAAUCGUCCCUGCUUUAGCCGGUUCCGAUCUCUUCUCCAACGAAGGCUUUUAUCUCAACCUCUCCGAUUCGCUCAAUUCCACCUACGUUCUUCUCUCUCACCCCGACACCGAACUCAUUCUCUCUAACCGUCUCCAAUUAGGUCAAUUUCUCUACGUUGAUCGAUUCCAUUUCAAUACUCCUCUCCCUACUGUUUCCAACAUUCGUCCUCUCUCCACUCGUCACCCGUUCGUUGGAACACCGGAACCCUUGAUCGCUCGCAUUUCGCAAUCCACUCGUCAUUUCAGCGUUCAGCCUCUCUCUGAUUCCGAUGAUCCUCUUUCUCAAUAUCUCUCCACCAACCCUUGA